UCAAAUAUCCUAUAAAUAGUAGCAGAGCGUUACAGCCAGAGAGCCCAUACCCCAUAUCAUAACCCCUUUAAUCUCCUCCGAACCCAGCUUUUGCCAAUCAUUUUCUUCUUCCCAACUUCUCAAAAGCUUCAAAGCUCCAAACUUUUGCUCUGUCCAGAAUGGGAAGUACCGGCGAAACUAAGUAUGGUGCGUACACCUAUGAGAACCUCGAGAGGGAGCCUUAUUGGCCUUCUGAAAAGCUCCGAAUUUCCAUUACUGGGGCAGGUGGUUUUAUCGCCUCCCACAUUGCUCGGAGAUUGAAGAAUGAGGGUCAUUACAUUAUUGCUUCUGAUUGGAAGAAGAAUGAGCACAUGACUGAAGACAUGUUCUGCCAUGAAUUCCAUCUUGCCGACCUCAGGGUCAUGGAUAAUUGCUUGAAGGUUACGAAGAAUGUUGACCAUGUGUUCAACCUCGCAGCUGAUAUGGGCGGAAUGGGCUUCAUUCAGUCCAACCAUUCUGUCAUAUUUUAUAACAAUACCAUGAUUAGUUUCAAUAUGGUCGAAGCUUCUAGGAUCAAUGACGUGAAGAGGUUUUUCUAUGCUUCUAGUGCUUGUAUUUACCCUGAGUUUAAGCAGCUGGAAACCAAUGUCAGCUUGAAGGAGUCUGAUGCCUGGCCUGCAGAGCCUCAAGAUGCUUAUGGCCUGGAGAAGCUUGCAACUGAGGAAUUGUGCAAGCACUACACCAAAGACUUUGGAAUCGAAUGCCGUAUUGGAAGGUUCCACAACAUUUAUGGCCCUUUUGGAACCUGGAAAGGUGGAAGGGAGAAGGCUCCUGCUGCGUUUUGCAGAAAGACUCUCACUGCCACUGAUAAGUUUGAGAUGUGGGGAGAUGGACUUCAGACCCGAUCCUUCACUUUUAUUGAUGAAUGUGUAGAAGGUGUACUUCGGUUGACGAAGUCAGACUUCCGCGAGCCAGUGAAUAUUGGAAGUGAUGAGAUGGUUAGCAUGAAUGAGAUGGCUGAGAUCGUUCUUAGCUUUGAGGACAAGAAGCUGCCUAUCCAACACAUUCCUGGGCCAGAGGGUGUCCGUGGUCGUAACUCAGACAACACACUGAUCAAAGAGAAACUUGGUUGGGCUCCUACCAUGAGGUUGAAGGAUGGUCUGAGAAUUACAUACUUCUGGAUCAAGGAACAGAUUGAGAAAGAGAAGGCACAAGGCGCUGACCUCUCGGUGUAUGGCUCAUCUAAGGUUGUGGGAACCCAAGCCCCAGUUCAACUUGGUUCGCUGCGUGCUGCUGAUGGCAAAGAAUGAAGGGUCCUACAAAACUGCACCGGAAAAUAUAGUAUUCAUUAGUUCUGGUUAUGAUAGCAGGGCACAUUCCAUGUGCGUGGACAAUAAGGAGGGAAGCUUUUAUUCCGCUCCCGUUGAAUAUCUAGCUUGUUAGUUAAAUCUGCCACCUUAGGAUUGCCUUUGUAUUUUGUUUCCCUAUCUUUAGCAUUAUUCAGUUUAUGAGUUCAGUUGAUUCUGUUAAGAUUUUUUUUCGGGUUCAAAUUUCAGUAUCGACCUGUCCCGAAUGUUGAGACCGGCUGUUUUCAACCCGCGGGCAAUCGGAGAUAUGCUUGUCUGA